UACACAACUCUCUUAGCCCAUGAAACAUGGCCUCAACGUACCAAAUUUUCUACGUAGCCUUAUCUGUUUUGGGUGUUUGGGCUUCCCAUGCCAUGUCUCGCACACUCCUUGAACCAUCCAUGUUGGAGUGGCACGAGCAAUGGAUGGUCCGUCAUGGGCGUGCGUACACUGAUGCAAUUGAGAAGGAACGACGUUUCAAGAUAUUCAAAGACAAUGUGAAAUUUAUAGAAUCAUUCAACAAUGAUGGCAACCAAUCCUACCGACUAAGCGUAAAUGAAUUUGCAGACCAGACCAAUGAAGAGUUCAGGGCCGCACACAACAGCUUUAGGCCUGCAAAAGCAAGGGCGUCGGCAGCAACGCCCUUCAUGUAUGAGAAUGUUACUGCACCCUCUAACAUGGACUGGAGAAAGAAAGGCGUCGUAACUCCUGUCAAGGACCAAAGAGAUUGUGCAUGUUGCUGGGCCUUCUCCACCGUUGCGGCUAUAGAAGGGAUUACAAAACUUAAAACGGGUAAAUUACAUUCGCUAUCCGUGCAAGAGCUAGUGGACUGCAACACUGAGAAUUAUGGCUGUAAUGGUGGUUACUUACACAUCGCCUUCAAUUUCAUAAAACGCAACCGUGGCCUCACAGCUGAAACUAACUACCCAUACAAGGGGGUUAAGGGCAGUUGCAACACCAAGAAAGCUUCUAACCUUGCGGCCAAGAUCAACGGUUACGAAGAUGUCCCACCCAACAGCGAGAAGGCACUACUGAAGGCCGUGGCCAACCAGCCAGUUUCCGUCUACGUUGAAGGCAGCGGAUCUGCCUUCCAAUUCUACUCCGGCGGUGUCUUCACAGGCCCUUGCAGAACCGAUCUAGACCAUGUCGUGACGGCCGUUGGUUAUGGGACCACUGAUGAUGGGACCAAGUACUGGUUGGUGAAGAAUUCAUGGGGCACUAACUGGGGUGAAGGCGGAUACAUGAGGAUGAAAAGAGACGUCGAUGCUAAGGAAGGAGUGUGUGGCAUUGCCAUGUUUCCUUCUUACCCAACCGCGUAAUAGAUAAUCCACAGACGAUGGAUGUUAAAGUAACUUAUGUGUUGAAAGUUACUUAUCCCCGUAAAGUUGUAGUUUUUUUUCUUUUCAACCUUUUCACUUUCCAACUUCCGUGAUGGAUGGUCCAUGUCAAAGAAGGCCCCGGCCACAUUGUCCAAGCGCUCCCUUUACAUCCGUUUAGCUUAUAAAUGCUAUGUUCUGUU